ACACACACACACAGACACACACAGACACACCAUAUUGCUUAGCCAGCCAUAAUCGUGGCAAGGAUGAGAAGUAGUUUGAGAAACGAAACACUUGAAGCGGUCGGGAAUCAACGUAUCAAACCCUCAUCAACGCCGUCUCGCGAAACCAAUAAACGCACUAUUCAGCGCAGCGGACCUGUGUGAGAACACCCGCCUCAUUCCACCGGUGUUUCGUGACAGGGUCGGAAUGUUCUUGUGUGCACACUUUGCAGGCGGCGUCGAUUAACGGCAACGUUGAGGAGCAACAAUUCAUGGCAUCGGUCAUUCUGCGCGCCAUUAAAAACACACGAGGGACCUAGACAAAGGUGAUCUCACCUGGAAUACUUUCACAGCACAUAACGUUACACGCAAAUAAGUUGCACUGAAGGGGCAAAAAUUGAUGGUCUAAUCUGUAGUACGAACAUGGAAACGAGCGGGGUUGGUGAGAGAAAAUCCUGGGAAGAAAUGAGUGACUAUAACAGUUGUUUUGUUAUCAAAAAACGAGGCUGUCAUCAGUAGGGGAGCGCUGCAACAGUUUGUGGGAAUAAUUCCUCAGCCAUCAUCGUCGCUCAGGUUGAAUAAGAUGUGAGACUGCUGCUGUUGUUUGUCGUGAGGAUCAGUGCAAUUCAGUUCAGAGACACAUCGCUUGACAACCGACCACUUCAUAACCGCCAACAGAUUUCAAGAUCAACCCUGCAAAAAACCAGAGGAAACAGCCAUGUCCACACCAUGGGACUUUAAAGCAUUUCUCCAAGAGCUCCAGCAAAUGGUUUCAAAUGUUUCAUCAUUUCAAUGAAAAGUGGGCUUAUCUUUAAAGCUAAUCUUCUGCGUGAAUCUUAAGAAACUGGAAAGAGACUGGCAGGUUUACACACGUCCUUCUUUAUUGUGAAGACAAUCAGCCUUGAAAACGUUGUACGUCUUUACUGCCAUUUAAUUUUUUGCGUAUGUCUGUCACAACUUUAUUGAACACUCUUUAAUAGACGUCUAAAAUCUGCAUAGGUAGGGCAUACUUUUGUUUUUAUUCAACAUGACAGACGGAUCAAUUCACACUUGAUUCCUAUUGUAAAUUUGCACACAGAAUUAUCUUGGUAAUUCUUCCCAUGCCGAAUGAGGAAAUGCACAUUCACAUUGGUUCAGUAAUGUAGAGGUUUAUAAGACCAGGAUGCUGAACGAAAUCAAAAUGAUUCCUCAUCACACCACCCUCAAACCCUUACAGGAGUCCGCCGUCCUGAGUAGUCCUGUUAACACGUAAACGAGAUUAGCUCGAUUUCUUUUUCACCAAGUGUAUGGACGUUGUUUAUACUAGUUAAUAAUAGUAACUUUCAGGGAGCAUCACAGGUCAGGGAAAUCUGCUUAAAGACUAAGUGCCAUUGCUGAAUGUAAGGAGUGCCCAAAUACAACAAAAAAUAUAUGUUAGCAAAACAUUAGUUUACAUUUUUAAUGAUGUUUACAGUUGCCCCUAUCUCUUAGACGAAUCUUUCAUCCUGAUAAGUGCCAAAACAAAGAGUUAAACCUGAAUACUUUUAAUGUACACAGCUGUACAACUUAAUUGCCUUGAUGUGUCCGUGAAAACACAGGAUAUUGAAAUAAUCGGACAGAAACGAGAAGCCAUUUUGUUUGUCACUUGCUAUGAAAAUGUCUAUUUUUGAAGGAAGCCACAAAAGGGAACAUUUGCCUUGUUAAUAUCUGACAGUUUUUUUAAUUUCCUGUUUACACAAUUGUAUGUUGCCUGCAUUGUCAGCUUUUGGAUUGUUUAACGUAUUGUUCAGGUUUUCCAGCUGUAUUCUGGACACAAGCGCUGCAUGUUGAGAAAAUAUGUGUUGUAUAACUCACCUUGAAGCUGAAAGCACAUCAAGAUAGUUAUUCCCCCCCCUCUCUCUCUCUCUCUCUCGCCAUCUCAGAGUGCGACCGUUCACUUUAGCAGACUUUGUAAACAGAUUUCACUUUCGAGACUGUUUUAAUAUAGACUCAGAUUUCAUACGUCGGAGGGCUGCUACAAGAUUAUUUGACAGCGCUGAGCAAGCUGCUUUUACAAAAUUCGGCAUUGUGCGGUGGGUUGAGUCAGCGUGAAAAAAUAGCAGUGUUAGUCAUGUAAAGAUGAUGCCCACCUUGGAAGCUCGAGUCCGUGUCAUCAUUCUCUUCCUGCUAAUCGCUGUCCCACUUAACGCUUCCGCUGCGAGCGUCCCGGGCCCCUCCAGAAAUGGGCCCAUCACUAUCACCCCGACUCCCAACCCAAGAUCUCAGGGCAGGAGCUUUAUGUACCCCCUUGCUAAAAACGGCGGGAGCAUGCGAGGGAAGUCCAUGAAUCGUCGGCCAAAGCAGCCAGCUGGAGUGGCAGAAAUGCCCCUCAGGCCGCUGCCUCAAAUAAUGCUGCCAAAGAAUGUAACGACUGAUAAACUGAAGGCCCCUUUUGGAGCGGCUCAGGUAGCUCCGCCUCCUCGCAAGCUGGUGGAAGUGGACGUGUGUCGAGGUUAUUAUGAUGUCAUGGGGCAGUAUGACCUCACCUUUAACUGCUCCAAGGACGACUUCAUCUACUGCUGUGGGACCUGCCAUUAUCGAUUCUGCUGUCCCGACCGCUCCCGAAGGCUGGACCAGAGCAUCUGCCACAACUACCAAUCCCCGGUGUGGGCCAAUACAGCGCCCCCUGUGACCAGGUCCCCAGCACCAGGCCUGCCUGACCAGAGCCGCAUCGAACAGAGCAACAACACCGUGUACGUCAUUGGUGGAGUCAUAUCGUUUACAGUAGCGGUGGCGGUUGCCAUUAAGGUGGCGUUUCACAAGGCAUCACGGCAGCCCAGGAACAGGGAACUGAACAUGCCCAGGGCUCUUGUGGAAAUGUUGCGUCACCAGUCGAGUCCAGUACAGGAAGGAGAGAGAAACAACAGUGUAGCUUUGGGAACUGGAGGAGGAGAAGGGACGCUUGGACGACCCCCGAAAAAUCUCUAUCCCACACUACAGAAAGAUAACCGACUGGGGAAUCUGCAGCAUAACUUCAUCCACACCACAGGCUCCAGUCCCAAACACACUGCCACAAUCGAGCGUGCACCACGUAUGAACAACAUGCAGCUGGCCAUGGGUGGCACACUGAAGCCCAGUAAGCAUACUAACGCCAUGAAGCCCCAGCCGUCCUUCCAUCAAUCCCUACAUAACCUGGCUCAGCUGCCGCCCUCGUACGAAGCCGCCAUGAAGCCUGAAAUCAACAGAUACUCGUCUCUCAAGCGUCUCGAAAAAGGAGGAUUGGAGGAAUAUUCAGGUUACUGUACCACCAAGCGAAGGCCCAACAACGCCCGUCCUGACUUUCAUUCCUCUCAGCAUCACCUUCCCUGGGGUGGUGACUACACACUGGGUGGAAGAGGCACGCUUCCUACCCAUGCCCCCCGUCCUCGAAUACCUCACCCACAGUCAGCCCCAAGCCAUACCCCCAACCCUUACCCUCUGGAUCCACCAGAGUCAAAGAAAAACCCAAAUUAUGAUACGUUGUCUAAACCGCCACGACGCGUCAAGUCAACCGACCAACUUCUUGCCCUUGCUGAUGGCAGCACCUUAUCAAGGGUCCCGAAAAACCAGCAGCACCAGUACUACAAAGGCACAUCAUCCAAGAACUCCAACAACCAGAACACCUUGAAGAAGUCCAAGGAGAGGCUGCUCAUGUCGCCAGAACACCUCGAGGAAGAGAUUGGCGGGGUUGAUUAUGAUGGAAGCACGAUGGGUAUGGGAAUGAGCGACUACCAGGGUGGAGGAGGAGGCGGAAUGGUGCCCACCCUUCCCCGUGUUAGCCAUCAGAAAGCUCAGUCGCAGCAGAAUGUUUGCGCUACGCCAUCACUCGACCGUCACCACAUGAUCAAGAUGAACUCGCACCCAACAUCGGGGCGAGAGCAAGAGCGGAAUUCAGCGGCAAUGUCAGGCCACCUGGGUGGAGGUGGGGCUGGAGGAGUGGGAUGGGGCGACAUGCCAGGAACGGGGGUGGUUAUGGGAACAGGGACUCUUGGUGGACACAGUGCCAGGAGGCUUGCAUUUGCAGCUAAAAGGCAAAAUACCAUUGAACAACUUCACUUCAUCCCCGGCGGAGGGGGAAGUGGAGGAGUGGCAUCGAAUCAAGGGGUUAGAACAGGAAGCAAGAAUGAGGUUACUGUGUGAGCAAGAGGAGGGAAUGGAGAAGAUGGCUGAGGGAUAGACUGUGUGAAGAGUUGGAGGAUGGUAGAGGAACUGUGGGAGAGAGAGAGAGAGUUAGAGUGGGCGGAAGAGGGAGAGGAAUAAC